AUGAAAGCUACUCCAGGAAUCGACUUGAUUAUCAUCAAUGCUACAGUUGCGACUGCCUCCGAUGUAGUCCCCAACCAGGAUAUCGCCAUCUCCGGCGGCAAGAUUGUCCUUCUUGGACGGAAUCUCCCUGCACUUUUUCCUAGUGCAGCAACACUCGAUGCAGAGGGCGCAUACGUGACGCCUGGUGGUGUCGACAGCCAUGUGCACCUGCAACAGGAUAACUCUCCAACUGGCGAUACCUGGGAGUCAGGGACUCGCUCAGCUAUCGCAGGAGGUACAACGACGGUUUUAGCCUUUGCGAGUCAAAAACGAACUGACGAGAGUUUAUUUCCCGUGGUCGAGGAAUAUCAUCGAAGGGCUACCGGCCAGGCGUACUGCGACUACGGCUUCCAUCUCAUCCUGACAAACCCCACCCCCAACAUCCUCGAUGAAGAGUUGCCAGUGCUAGUCAGCAGUGGUAUCAGUUCUGUAAAGCUAUACAUGACUUAUCAACCAAUGCGACUUGGGGAUGGCGAGAUUCUGGAUGUCAUGGAGUCCACCCGCCGGCUGGGGAUGACGACCAUGGUUCACGCCGAGAAUCAUGAGAUGAUCCAGUGGAUGACGGAGAAGUUGGAAGCACGCCGCCGUACCGAACCAUAUGGUCACGCUCUGGCGCGUCCCAAUAUUGCAGAAGACGAGGCGACAUACCGCGUCAUUUCUCUGUCUGAGCUGGCUGAUGUCCCCAUCCUCAUUGUGCAUAUGUCCUCCAAGCUGGCUGCGGCACAUGUGCGAGCGGCUCAGACGCGGCUGCUGCCAGUCCACGCGGAAACCUGCCCUCACUAUCUGUUCUUCACGAGUGAGCGGCUAAAGGGUGAGAACUUCGAAGGGGCCAAAUGUGUAUGCUCGCCAGCAUUGCGAGAAGAUCCCAUGGACCUGGAGGCGAUGUGGGCGGGUCUGGCCAAUUCAACAUUCACGACAGUCUCCAGCGACCACGCACCAUCUAAAUUUGAUCACCCCCUCGGCAAGAAGAAGGGCACGUCUAGCUUCACCCAGAUCCCCAAUGGACUGCCCGGGUUGGAAACACGACUGCCGACGAUGUUCUGCGGCGGUGUUCUCACCGGGCGCAUAUCCAUCCAGAAGUUUGUCGAGCUGACCAGCUCGAACCCAGCCAAGUUGUAUGGACUUGGGAGCACGAAGGGAACAAUUCAGCCCGGUUUUGACGCGGAUCUCACGAUUUGGUAUCCCACGCCAGAACAGGCUGCCUCCAACGGCACGUCGGUCAUGACACCAUUCCAACUGUCCAACGACAUGCUGCACCACGAUAUCGACUACACGCCGUUUGAGGGCAUGGGGUUCACCAACUGGCCUCGAUACACCAUCCUCCGCGGACAGAUGGUGUGGAACCGCGACACAAGUGGCAUUGUCGGCAGCAAAGGAGACGGAGCUUUCCUGAAGAGAGGACCCAGCUCAUUGAGCAAGCCACGGAAUGUGUUUGUCAAUGAGUUCAAUCCGUACUCUAGUUAG